AUGCAACAGAGUGAAUCAAAUUAUUAAUAAACAUUAAUUAAUUGUUAAAAUCAAAACUAAAUUUUUGAAACCUAAUUAAAUGAAAUAAAAUAAACAAUAGAUUCAUCAUAAAAUUAAUAAUUGAAAUUACCAAAUAUCAAUUUAUAAAAUUCUAGAACAGAAUAUUAAUAUAAUUAAGAUCCGAAUAAAUAAAAUAUUAAUGAUUUAAUAGAGAUGCAUAAAAACAAUAGUCUUCCUUUACUUCAUUAAACAUAUGAUGAAGUUUUAGAUUAAGAUUAAAAUACAGUAAUGAUCUUAAAAUUAAAUAAUAUAAUCUAUUUUAAUCCAAUGACUAUUUUUAUUCCUUAUUAAACAAAAUGGAUAACUUAAGAAUCAUUAUAAAUUUCGGACUUCUUUUAUAAAAAUUAAUAAUAAGUAUAUAUUGAUUAAAAUAUUCAAGAUCUUCCUUAUAAAAUUAAUGAUCAAAUUAAUGUUUAUGUGAAUUAUUAUAAUAUUAAGAUUAAGCUUUCUAUUUUGCAGUUAUAUAAAUCUAUUUAAAAUAUAUAAAUUAUUGUUUAAUAAAAAUAUUAAUAAUAAAAAAAAGUUAAAUAAAUUUUUAUUGUAAAUUACCUAAAAGAGUUAGAAAAUUUUAUCCAAGAUUAUUAAUUUUACCUAGUUGUUUUUUAUAAUUAAAAAUUCCUAAACCAUAAGAAAAAUAUGAUAGUAUUAAGGAUUGUUUAAAUUUUUUAUUUAGUUUACUCGUAAAAGAAAAUAGAGAAUUUUAAGUUCUAAUUAGUCCUACAUUUUCGAAGAUGUAAUAAAAGAAACAUAUGA